CCGAUAUAUAUCCCCUCCCUUUUCCUUUCUCCUCCGGCCGGCCCCUUCCAAAAUCUCCAUUGCAUCAUAGAGUGUUCAGUUGUUGCUGUUUCUUCACCUCUCACACCACUGCUCUCUCUGCUCCUGCUCCACCAUGAGGCAACAAGGGAGCCCCUUGGACUUGAACAAUCUGCCGGAGGAGUACGGCAAGCAAGCCGUGGAGAGCUCAACGACCACUGCCGCAUCCAGCGCCGCCGCCCCCGCCGACGCAACCAGGACAAAGAAGAAGAGCAUCGGAGGGAAGGAUGAGGCCGGCAAGGUGUACCAGUGCAGGUUCUGCUCCCUCAAGUUCGGCAAAUCCCAAGCCCUGGGCGGCCACAUGAACCGCCAUCGCCAAGAGAGGGAGACCGAGACCCUCAACCGCGCCCGGCAGCUCGUCUUCGGCAACGACACCCUCUCCGCCGUCGGCGCACAGUUGAGUUUCAGGGAUGUGAACAUGGGAGGCAGUGCUCCAUCGGUCAUGCUGGGAGGAGGAUUCAGGGGAGGCCUCACCGGCAGCGGCGGCGGGGUCGUCGGAGACCCGAGCCACCACCCGUUCCGGCCGGUGCACCCGCGGGUGUCGCCGCAGACGCCGCCGUCGUACCAUUACCUCUACAGCACGACGCCGUCCGCGUUGAACCCCAUGAGCUACCCGGCGACGUACCCUGCCCCUCCCCGCCAGCAGCCGCCCUCCGUCGGCGACUACGUCAUCGGCCACGCCGUUUCCCCCGGCGACGCAAUGAUACAGCAGCAGCAGCGCCGCGCUGCCGGCUUCUCCUCCUGCUUCGGCGCUCCACUCGCCGCGCCACCGUCGACGGCGCCGGCGAACCUGCAGGAAGACCACAACUACAGCUUCGGGUGCGGCGGCCACACCAGAAAUGUCAAUGCCUCCUCCUGAGUUGAUCGAUGCAGCUAAUUAAGCUAUUUAGUGUAAAGAGCCAAGAAAUUAUCUUAAGAAUUUAAGAUAGGCUGUUAAGUUUUUGGAUAUCUCUCAAUGAGAGGGAACUGUCUCAGAAGUUUGAUUUGCCUUGAAAUUCUAGUAGGUAAGCAGUACUGAAUAUGUUUGCGCUUAAUUUGUGACUAAUCUAUUAAUAUCGGUUUUUGAUUUGUGUGCUCA